CCUGUAUCUGGCUUUAAAAGCCCUGCAGAGCAGCAGUUGCCUCUGUUCUGAGCUCUGACUUGCACAGGGUGCCUACAACUUGACUCUGAAUUUUUAUCGAUCUAAAUUUUAUCAACCUACGACCACUAUCUUUGACCAGUGAACUGCAAGGUUGGCAGUAUCAAUUCAUGAUGGCACAGACUGAGAAGACUGAAGAGGAGUCAACCCUAAUCAACCUUCUAGAAAUUGAUGGCGUCAUGUUGCCAGUAAUAUCAAAAGAAAUAUGGGCUCGAGUUUGUAAUUUCCAAGCCAGGCCUGAUGAUCUUAUUCUAGCAACUUACCCAAAGUCAGGUACAACCUGGACACAGGAAAUUUUAGACAUGAUUCACAAUGAUGGUGAUGUGGCAAAAUGCCAACGAGCCACUUCUACAGAAAGACACCCUUUCAUUGAGUUAACAUUUACCCAUAAAGAAAAGCUUGAUUUGGACUGGGCUAAUGAAAUGCCCUCACCACGAAUGUUAAAAACUCAUCUUCCCUCGCAUUUAAUGCCACCAAAUAUCUGGAAACAAAACUGCAAGGUCAUCUAUGUGGCCAGAAAUCCCAAGGACUGUAUGGUGUCCUCCUACUACUUCCACAAGAUGACCUCAAUGCUGCCUGACCCUAAGAGCUGGGAGGAUUUCUUUGAGAAGUUCAUGGCAGGAAAAGUGGUUUGUGGGUCCUGGUAUGACCAUGUGAAAGGGUGGUGGGCUGCAAAAGACAAGUACCAGAUCCUCUACCUCUUCUAUGAAGAUAUGAAAAGGAAUCCAAAGCGUGAGAUUCACAAAAUGUUGGAGUUUUUGGGGAAAACUUUGUCAGAGGAUGUGAUAGAUAAGAUCAUCUACCACACUUCAUUUGAUGUGAUGAAGGAAAAUCCCAUGGCCAACCAAACUGGUGUACCUACCCAUAUCUUUGAUCACAGCAUCUCACAUUUCAUGAGGAAAGGAAUGCCUGGUGACUGGAAGAACCAUUUUACUGUGGCUAUGAAUGAGACUUUUGACAAGCACUAUAAGAAGAAGAUGGAAGGGACCACUCUGACCUUCUGUACAGAGAUAUGAGAAGAAAAAAUGGAGGGAGUAUUAUGUCCCCUUCCAACAAUCUACUGGGCAUGGGGAAAUACUGAAUGUUUGUUUGAAAUUUGUCUUUUUCCCCCACAGAAUCAGCUAGUCUGACAAAAUACUAAAAUGUAAUUUCAAUAUUAAUCAAAUGGCUUCUGUACUAAACAAAAUGAGUGAAGAUCAGUGUCUCAAAACAAUAGGACUUUUUUGAAAUGCAAAUAUAUUUUAUUGUAUGUGACAGACAAGGCAAAAACAAA